AUGCCUCAUAAAACUUUCCAUGAAUUGAACCCAAAUCCGGAAUCAAGAUACGAACUCAUACCUAUAGCAUCAACGCUAACGAUUGACUCUGAGAUCGAAACAUUCGUUGAGAAAGAGGACCAGUAUACUCAGCUCAGAACGAAGCUCAAAAUGAAUGAUUAUCAAGAAGUCAAACAAGCGAGGCAUGCUUUGCCUACGAGAAUGGAGAAGCUUUACCUGGGUGUUGCUGCUUUCGAAGCUAUUACUAUCACUGGUAUAGCAUUUGGGGUGUUUGGGUUAGUACAGGAGAACGUUCAAGCUCAAGGAGCAAAAGUCAGGACUGUACCUGUGUACUUAGCGGUUUUUAUCAUGGCUCAAAUAUUCUCCGUCUUGUAUAUAUUCGAUGGUCUCCGUGCCAGGAAUAUCGUUCAGCUUAUCAUGCAUCUUUUCUUCAAUAUCUGCAUGCUAACAUAUUCCAUCCUUCAAAUACCUCAAACGAAAGAUGCUUUAGGUGAUGAAACCGCCCCUGAUGCUUGUGGGAAAUAUGAAAGGUGUACAGGUCCCGACUCGCUCUAUAACCUUUUGGAGAGACUCAUGAUUGUUCCUCCAAUCAUUUUCGGUUUAUGCACUAUAGCAUUCUCAAUCAUGAUUAAAUAUGUUCAUGCUCAGUUUGGGUGGGCAGUAUUUCAUUUAGUAGGAGCAUCACCUGAGCUCAAGCGGGCUCAUAGACAUUAUCAAGCCAUGAUCAGUCUUCUAAAAAUGCUCCUAUUUUUCGCAUUGGCUUUUUGCACUGCCAUGCUUAUUCUCGCGACGGCAUGGGACGCUAGAAGAGCUGAAUUUAUCAUCACCAUCAUAGCUUUUCCAUUGGUCAUAAUUUUCAUGUUGGGUUGUGGAUGGGCACUCAGAAAGGAAAACAAGCCGGUAAUGGCUGCGUGUUUGGUACUCAUGGUAGCUGGGAUAGUCUACUUCAUUUACAAAUUGGCUACCCUGUGGUUACCUCGCACGCAGGGACUGUACAUUAAUACCAAGAUCACCAUGGCUAUCUUCUCCAUCUUUUCGAUCAUCAUUUUGGUAGCCACUUUUACUCUGUCGCUAGUGUGCAUAAACGAUUUUGGUAAAGGGUUGAUCGACGCUCAUAAGAACCCCGCAAAUAGGACGAGCUUGUGGAGUCUACCAGCGAAUGCGAGACUCGAGAAAAAGAUGGAAGAAGCUGAACGCACAAGGAGCGAAGGUGACACACCGAUGCUAGGGACGGAAGGCGAGAGGCAACAGAGAUUAGUCAUUGAGUGA